AUGGGAAUGUCGGGGGCCGCCAGUGGCGGUGCCGGAUGCGGACGCGGCGAGUACAUGAGGAUCCCGGAGGAUGUGGACGCGAUCAAGGAGGCCGUAAAGGAGGAAGGGGAGUGCCCAAGGUUGCUGCGAUGCCGCGCGAUCCGGUGGUGGGCGAAGGUCGCCGUACUCGGGAUCUUCCUCGCAGGCGCGGCCGCGGCCGCCGUCGUUUUCCUGGGCCCACUCGUCAUCAAGAAGGUGGUUGUGCCGAUUAUUGACUGGCAAUCAAGAACUUUCAGCCGACCAGUUAUUCUUCUAAUAUGUUUUGGUGCAAUCGCUUUAUUCCCAAGUGUCUUGAUACCUUCUUCUCCCUUUAUGUGGAUUGCGGGGAUGACCUUUGGAUAUGGUUAUGGCUUUAUGAUAAUUACAACGGCGAUGAGCAUAGGCAUGUCAUUACCAUUUUGUAUAGGAUCUGCGUUUCAUUCCAGAAUACACAGAUGGUUGGAAAAAUGGCCGAAGAAAGCUGCUUUUGUUAGACUUGCUGGUGAAGGAGAUUGGUUCCAUCAAUUUAGGGCAGUUGCUUUACUUAGGAUUUCUCCAUUUCCAUAUAUAGUUUUUAACUACGCUUCCGUGGCUACAAAUGUCAAAUAUUGUCCAUAUAUAGUUGGUUCAAUGGCGGGAACCAUACAUGAAACCCUCCUUGCAAUUUAUAGGUUUGUACCUCUUCCACAUUUUGCCUUCUGUAGGUAG